UUGUCCUUUUAAUUGAUUAUCAAUUUUUAAUCGGUUGUACACGUGCGAAAUUGAAGAAAUAGGAUUCUUUUGUGUAUCACGAGCAUUGUUUACAUCACGGUAAUAUAACCUAUACGCGAACGACAUCGCAGAAAUUCGUGACAAUGGCUAAAAACGUGAAAAUCGGAACACACGAUGGCACUUUUCAUUGUGACGAAACUCUUGCUUGCUUCAUGUUGAAGACGCUGCCCAGAUAUAAAGAUGCAGUUAUAGUGAGAUCACGCGAUAUGAAUAUUUUAAAUACAUGUGAUAUUGUGAUCGAUGUUGGUGGAGAGUAUAAUCCUUCCAAGCAUCGUUACGAUCAUCAUAUGAGAGAUUUCAACGAGUCAAUAAGCACAGUAAUAAAGAAGCCAGGUUACGAUUCGACGAUAAAACUGAGUAGCGCUGGUUUGAUUUAUUGCCAUUUUGGCCAUGAGAUUAUCAAGCAUUUGAUUCCACAAGCAAAUGAUAGCGACGUAGAAUUGAUUUUUAAAUAUAUUUAUGAUACAUUCGUUAAGGAAGUUGAUGGUAUAGAUAAUGGAAUUCCCAUGUUCGACGAGAAACCUGUAUAUUAUAUCAGUACAGACUUAUCAUCCCGUGUGAAAUUCUUAAAUCCUGCAUGGAAUAGCAAGGAUAUUAAUGUUGAUAGUCAAUUUUUGAAGGCAGUUGAAUUAACCGGUCAGGAAUUAGUGCAACGUAUUAAUUAUGCUGCAAAUGUUUGGUUGCCUGCUAGGUUCAUUGUGCAAGAAGCUAUUGACAAACGCUUUGAGGUUGACCCUAGUGGCGAAAUUGUAGAAUUAUUACAAUUUGUACCAUGGUCUCAGCAUCUUCAUACGAUAGAAAGAGAACAAAAUGUACAGCCACCGUUAAAAUUUGUAAUUUUUAGAAGUAGUGAUAACUAUAGGGUUCAAGGCAUACCUAUAAGACCUAACAGUUUUGUGUGCAGGCUGUUUUUGCCAAAACCUUGGGGAGGUUUGCACAAUGAGGAGCUUGCAAGCGUCUCUGGAAUCAAAGAUGUUGUUUUUGUUCAUUCAAAACGAUUCAUCGGUGGCCAUCUAACCAGAGAAGGAGCGAUAACGAUGGCACGCAAAGCUCUUGAGCUAUCUGAUAAUAAAUUCAAUUAGAAACAAUUACAUUUUAGGAUUUCAAUUGAUCGAACGUAAAUUCAAUAUUUUAUAUCACGUUUCGUGUACUUAAAACAGGUCCAAAGUAUUUUAAGGGCGAAGACAAUGCACAAAAAUAAAUAAUAAUUCGUAAACAGAUUAUUUAUUAUGCGAAUCCAUCGUAUUAGGUCAUACAAAGAUAGCACGAUACUUUCGCUGCCUUAUUUCACACAUAUAACAUUCAGUUGCAAUUUUUACGGUAUUUAGUAAAAAAAAUCCAGAACAAAGACAGCCGAACAUUUUACAGAAUUAUUCGUCCAUUUCAUAUUCAAAUAGUCCAAAUAUUGAAUAAAUUGAAAAAAAUUAUUUUAGA